UUUUUUUUUUUUUUUUUUCAUUUUUAAGUUGCACAUUUGCUCCGCUCUUCAAAAGGGGCGAUUUCUCCCGCAACCCCCGCAACGCCCGCAACACGGCUUGCCCGCGUUGCUAUCAUCAUUAUUAAAUUUUAUUUUAUUCCUUUUAUUCGCACUGUUUAAACAAGCAGUUUUGCGCAACGUUACUAACGUUGGUUUUGCGCUAUAAACGAGUUUUUAUACAUUUAAAUGACGUUAAGAUUACCAAAUCAUCUUUCUGAAACGGUUUAUUUAAAAAAAGAAUAUUAAUUUUAAACCAGAACCAGGUCUUUAGUUGUCAUCAUCACCGGCCCGGAGUAUCACGUGAAAAUAUCGCGUCCCUGAUUGGCUGCUACCGCUUCAAAUGCCGUCUUUCUUCGAGCCGGACCCGAUUAAAUCCCGAUCUCAGCGAUUCGUGUCGAUCUGGGUACCUCGGGACACGUAACCCCAGCAACCCCAAAAUUGCUGAGAAAGUUGCCCCGUCUGAAGCGUUGCUGAAGCCAUACGUUGACACCGCUAAGCCAGCUGAGCAUUCCGACCACAGCGAUGCCGACGGCGCGAUAGACGUGAGGCACCACGUCGACACGAGACGAUGCUGAAAGCGGUCAUCCUGAUCGGCGGGCCCCAGAAGGGCACCCGCUUCCGACCGCUUUCCUUCGACAUUCCGAAGCCCCUGUUCCCGGUGGCCGGCAUGCCCAUGAUGCAGCACCUGAUCGAGGCGUGCUGCAGGCUGCCGGCCCUCCGCGAGAUCCUGCUAAUCGGCUUCUACCCGGCCGACGACGCCGACCUGUCGAGCUUCGUGCGGUCGGCUAGCAAGGAAUACCAGCUGCCCGUCCGCUACCUCCAGGAGUAUACGGCGCUGGGUACCGCGGGCGGCAUCCACCACUUCCGCGACCAGAUCCGCCGCGGCGAUCCGGAGGCCUUCGUGCUCAUCAACGGCGACGUGUGCGGCAACUUCCCCCUAGCCCAGAUGGUGGCCUUCCACCGGUCCCUGCCCAAGAGUAACCUAGUCACUAUGCUAGCCACCGAGGCGACGCGGCACCAGUCGCUCAGCUACGGGUGCAUCGUCGAGGACCGUGCCACGCACGAGGUGCUGCACUACGUAGAGAAGCCGUCCACCUUCGUCAGCGCCGUCAUCAACUGCGGCGUCUACGUGUGUAGCCUCGACCUGUUCCAGCGGACGGGCGCCGUACUGCGUGAGCGGCCCGAAGAUGUCUUGGCGCCCGACCACCGGGACGCCAUCAGCCUGGAGCUGGACGUACUCGGUCCCCUUGCGGCCAGCGGGCGCCAGCUGCAUGUCUUCCAGACGAGCGAGUGGUGGAGCCAGCUCAAGACGGCAGGCUCGGCCAUCUACGCUAACCGGCACUACCUGGAGCUGUACCGGCGUUCGCACCCGGAGCGGCUUGCCAAGCCUCUGGGCCCCCCCACCAUCCUGGGCGACGUGUUCGUGCACCCGUCGGCCUGCGUGCACCCGAGCGCUACUUUGGGGCCCAACGUGUCCAUCGGCCCGGGCGCCCGGGUCGGGUCCGGCGUGCGCAUCCGGGAGUCCCUGGUGCUGGCCAACGCCGUGGUAAGCGACCACUCGCUCGUCCUCCACUCCAUCGUGGGCAUCAACAGCACUGUUGGCGCCUGGACGCGCGUCGAGGGCACUCCGUGCGACCCCAACCCGGACCGACCCUUCGCCAAGACGGAGAACGUGCCGCUCUUCAACGCCGACGGCCGCCUCAACCCCUCCAUCACGGUGCUAGGCUGCAACGUAACGGUACCCUCUGAGGUCAUUGUCCUCAACUCCAUUGUCCUGCCCCACAAGGACCUCGCCCAGAGCUACAAGAACGAGAUCAUCCUCUGAGGCCAGACCGUCUGUUGGACGACGCCUGGAGGGGACUUCGGGGCCGGCUCGGUGUCCGGAUGGCACCAGACGCAGUGUUUGCAAUAAGGUUGACUCGUCGACCGUACAUGCUUUGGAUACUUGGCCCGAGGGAUGGGCUUCUCAAUUAGCCUGACUGCGUCCGGAUACAUGGACCCUGAUGGACGUCAAACCCACUUUAGACGGUCUGCAAAACUCGCUUUUUCAACGAUUUACUACAGAGUAGGUGGUGAAAGAAAAAAGAUCAAUAGAAUCGAAAAUUUCGGGCAAUCACUUGCAGACAGCGUGUGCUGUCCACUUAAUGACAUAUCGGGAACGUCGAGAAGGGUUGCUUCACUACCCAGUGCAUGUGCACUUGCAAUUGAUUGACGCAGUAAACUGAAAACGCUCCGUGGUUUGCCCCCACAUCUAGGCUCUCCAAUGCCCAGCACCGAGCUUAGCAUCUUCUGAAUGUCUUGACUCCUCAGCGCACCAUAUCUCUCUAAUGUACCAUAUUCAAAGUGCAAUAAACUAAAUAGAAAAAUAUUAAUUUUAAUAAUUCUUGCACAGAGAUGAUAGGAGAUACUUCACGUUGCACCAUCUGUCGGCAGCACUUAUGAGCAGGCGAGCACCGUUAUGGCACUGUGUGCAAGAUUGCCCCAAACAGGUUUGUCACCGGGUAAGCUCAUCCGUCCAUAUUUUCGCUGCACACUUGCACCAUUUAGCCCCACCUCUGUAGUGAAUCGCACAGCAAUAUGUAGACAAAGCAAGUUUUGUGGACCGUCUCCAGUGGGUUCCAAGCGUUGGUGUACAUGCUGAAAAAUAUGUGCCACCUUCAACCAUUGAAACCGACCAAACUGCAACAACACACUAGUAAUGGCACCUUUGAAAGCAUUUUUGUUUGAGCCUAAAAGAGAUUGACUUCCAACAAAGACAAGCUUCCUUUCAUUGUUUUAUUAUCUUUGAAACAUUUUUCCUAUAAUUGACUCUCUAGGCACCUUUGAAAGCAUUUCCGUUUGAGCCUAAAAGAGAUUGACUUCCAACAAAGACAAGAUUCCUUUCAUUGUUUUAUUAUCUUGGAAACAUUUUUCCUAUAAUUGACUUUCUAAUGUGCUCGGGCACUGCAUGCACCAUUUUAUGAAAUAAAAACAACUUUGUUACGACUAAAAA